AUGAUUAGGGAUCACCCGUCCAUGGUCAUGACUGAUCCAAAGCAUGUCGAUGGUGACAUCAAUGGCACGACUCUGGAGCGGUCUGAGACCAACGAAGUCGAAAAGGAUCGCAAAAUCGACACAGUCCAUGGCGAUGUGGCUCUAGCUACCAUCGCUUCUUACUCCGGCUCCCUGGACUGGAGCCUGGAGGAGGAGAAGAGACUUAUACGUAAAAUCGACUGGAUGUUGAUGCCUCUGAUGUUCCUGUCAUACGCCCUGCAGUACUAUGACAAAGUAAUGUUGUCCCAGGCGGCCAUAUUCGGAUUGAUAGAAGACCUGGAGCUUGACCAGGGAGUUCGGUACUCGUUCGGCGCAAGCAUCUUCUAUGUCGGCUACAUUGCUGGUGCAAGUCCAGCAUUGCUCGUUGCCCAGCGGUAUCCCAUAGAGCGAAUCUGUAGUGUCACGGUCCUUCUGUGGGGAGUUUGUAUGAUGUCCACAGCCGGAUGUCGAACAUGGCAGACGCUGUGGAUCCAACGAUUCUUUCUCGGGUUUCUCGAGAGCGGCACAGCGCCUAUGUUCAUGCUGGUAGUCAGAGGGUGGUAUACCAAGAAGGAACAGUCAUUCCGCAUGGGCUUGUGGUGGAGCGCCGGAGGUGAGUCUGAAUGCGUUACCCCGUGUGCGAGGUCUUGUAAUCAAGGUCGGCUGAUUUUUAGUGCGACAGGCUACUCUGUUAUAGUCUCGCCGUUGAUCAACUAUGGUCUUGGUCACAUCCAAGGUGACUUGUCGUCGUGGCAGUACAUGUAUUUGAUAGCCGGUGCCAUCACCAUUCUCUGGUCCGCAGUAGUAUUCCGCUUCCUCCCAGGCGACCCUACCCGUGCCCGAGGUUUCUCAGAGCGCGAGACGUACAUUGCGGUUGCUCGUGUUAGGAACAAUAACACUGGCGUGCGCAACACACACUUCAAGCCAGCACAAGUGCUCGAUGCCAUGCUUGACAUGAGAUUCUGGUUGGCAUCCUCGUCUUCAAUCCUGAUCCUGAUGACAAACGGGCCAGCCUCCACCUUUCCCGUGGACAUCGUUCGGGACUUUGGAUUCACAGCACUGGCUUCACUGUUGGUGCUUAUGCCACUAGGCCUGGUCACUGGUACUGUGCAGCUUGCAGUCAAUUACUUGGCCACCAGGUACCAAAACAUCCGUUGCCUGCUCAUCGUGGUGUGCCAAAGCUUGGUAGUCAUGGCGGCCUUACUUUUGUGGCUCUUGCCUCGAGCUAACCUCGCCGGACUGCUCGUGGGUGUAUAUUUCUUGGGUCCAAUCAGCGGUAGCUACUGCCUGUUGAUGACUCUGCAGAUCGCCAACACAGCUGGAUAUACCAAGCGAGCCUUCACCUCCGCAGGCAUCUUCGUUGGGUAUUGUAUUGGUAACAUCAUUGAGCCACUGCUGUUCAAGAUGAAGGAUGCUCCUCAGUAUACCGAAGUGUGGAUAAUAGUGGUGGUCACAUCGAUUGCAGGCGCUGUGCUUGCCGUAACAUACCGCGUGAUUUGCCAAUGGGAGAAUCGAAGGCGUGACAAGUCGGGCAUUUCUGAAGCAGCCGAUUAUGCAUUCGAAGACGACUUGACUGACCGCAAGGUAAGUCACCAUAGCUUGGACUGGCUGUAUCGUUCCUUUCGGUAUGAAGCUGACGGAUAUCGGUCCAGAAUCCACAGUUCCGCUAUGUCUAUUGAGUGA